AUGCUGACAUUGAAGUUUAACCCUUACACCUGGGACAACAGCAGCAAUGCGAUUCAGUCUCCAGUAACCAGCCUCGAACUUCAAAGUAAUAAUGGGACAAAAAUAAACGUAUCGAACCUUAAAGAAGACAUCGUAAUAGUGAUACCAAUUUUAGAGUCACCGACAAACAAUACAACCAACAGCGAUGCACCUGAACAUUUCUUUUUAAAGCCAAAUAAAAUGACCAUCCGCAGCUACUACGCGGAACUUGCGGACGUCCCAGUGACCAUAAAGAUGGGUAUUACGGAAAUAGGUGUCUUUGUCACGGAAGUGUUUGUUAAGUUUGGAUUAAGGCCCACAGUUGACAAUCACGAUCACAAUUUUACCCAAGAGUUUAAAUUAAUGUGUGAAAACCAACCAGAUGGCAAAAACAUCAGCUUGUCCUGUCUUCCAGAGGAAACAUCUAUGAUUGUGGUGCCAUCAAAACGAGCUCUGCUUUAUGUCGGAAUUCUUUUCGUGGGUGCUACAAAUACCAGUGAACACUCCAGAGAAAAAAGAUCUUGUUUCGGCCACGGUCGUCAAAGGCGCUCCUGUGUUGGCUUCAAAGAUCCACCGCCAAAGGGUUUCACUAAAACGGUUACUCCGCAGUACAACCCUUCAACGGAUGUUAACUAUACAAUGACUAUUACUCAAUCAAGCUGUUUGUAUUGGUCUGAAGAUAGGAGCAAGUGGAUAUCUGAUGGUUGCAAGGUAACCUAAAGUUCUUGACGCGCCUAUGCACUUGAAACACUCGCCCUUCCCUCGGCCUGGGUCUCCAAGGUUAAUUUCUUCUUCGUAAAAAAUGAUGUAAUAUUAACUUGACCACCCUACCAUCUUUGGGACUCUGGGAGUCCUUAUUGCUCUAGGAAACCCCGAUUGAACCCAGGGAGGGCAGGGUGGGUACACGGUUACUUCUCAGUAUUACAAACGCGUGCUACAAUCUUGGACAAAAAUGUUAAGAAAAUGGACAUUGCCAUGUCUAGUUUCAAGAUAAAGUUCUUGAAAACACUAACAACUACAAAUACUCCCCCUGCCCCCAUAAAAAAAUAGUGUUGAAAUCUGGCUGGAAUAUUACUAGUCUCACUUACAGCCGUUUUUGUCUCGUUAAAUACGCUCCUCCCCAAAGUGGAACGAGGUUCAAAUUUGAGCAGCCUUUUGUUGGGGAGGAGCGUUGCGUGACGGGACAAAAACGGCUGCGGGGAAGAUAAGAUCAUUUCUCAUUCCGAAUGAACAACUAUGAUCAGGGUGGGGCGAGGGGAGGGGCCAUAACGGUACCAAAUACGUGGGAUAGGCGUUCUGUGGAAAAGAAAGUACAAAAUUCCUAACAAUUUUUGUCCAAGAUUGUAGCUAAAUAAAACUGUAAAAUGCGAACCUAGGGUUUGGUUCAGCAUUCUGCUCAAUUUUUAAAUCUUGACAUUAACAGAUUUUGUCAAUUUUAAAAAUGUCACCGCACAAAAGUAAGAAAAAUAAAAAUAUUAUUGCUUCUUCCUUUAACUUAUCUCCGCCUUUCAAUGAUGCGAUAUAGCAUAUUACUAACAUUACACAUUCAAACUGUUUGCUUUUGAACAGCAUUGAGGAGCCUGAAGCAAAAAUGAGGCAAUCAGUGCUAACUCGUUUCCCUAUACAUUCUUUUUGUCUCAUCUUCCAAAUCUUUUUCCUUCUCCUUUGCAUUGUUGCUAAUAACUGAGUCUUCUUUCGUAGGUUGAUCCCAGGUCGAAUAUCACCCAUCUCAUUUGCCGUUGUAAUCACCUUACCUCCUUCGGGGGUAACUUUAUUCAAGCACCAAAUCCAAUAGACUUUGACAAAGUUUUCUCAGAGUUUGCAAACCUUGCUGGGAGUGGUAACAUUUCCGUACUGGUGACCAUUGCUUGUGCGUUUCUUCUUUACUUUGUUGUACUAGUUUUUGCGAGGAAAGCGGAUAAAAGAGAUGAAAACAAGGUAUGUGUGAAAAUAAAUGUACUAUCUGUAGGGUAUCUAGUGACACUCUAGCCUCAUCUGCAGGCAUUUGGUCGCGGUGUUAACACCAAGGCCGUGUCCAGACUAAAUAGUUGUCGCUUACCGAUCAUUUUCUCAUCGUUUUCGACCGUCCAAAAGUGGCCUUCGAAAACACACGUCUAACUAUAAUUUCUCGUACCCAGGCCAUUCAACGAGGCGCGGAGUAUUACUCAAUGCGUAUCCUCCAAUAGCUCCAUACUUUUUUAAAAUUGCAAACGCGAUCACCCAAAUUUAGAAACUGGAGAUCGCGACUGAAAAGACGCAUAUGUAUGCAGACCCUUUGGUAUAUACAUGUGAUGAAGUUAAACUGUUGCAUGACCGAACAUGACCUAGCACGGUUACAUAAUAUUAAAACCAAGUUUCGCCGUUUAUUUCAGUGGGAGAAAAGGUUUAAUAUUUUGAUCCGCUACGCUGUGGCGGUUCUAUGGGUCUAUUAAAAUUACUCGUUUCUCGCCCUACACUAUUUGUAGUUUUGUUUGAUCAACAGUUUUUGUCUCGCCAGUAAGAUUCAAUUUGAUUACAUCAGCGUCAUGUUAUAACGAAAUUUUGCUUCAACAUGUUAGAUAUGCCCUCCAAAGCGUGUACCCAUUGUGGAAGAAGGGACCUAUUAUUACGACAUGGUAAUUUGCACAGGCGUUUGGAAAAAUUCGGGUACAACAGCAAACGUGACAAUCAGUAUUAAAGGUGACUUAGAUGAGCACAAUCACAUUCCACUGCGUAGGAAAGACGAGUCAAGUGAUCUGUUUGCACGAGGAGGUAUAAACGGAUUUGUUUUGAUCACUGAUGAAUCAUUGGGAACGUUGAAAGAAAUAACCUUAGAACAUGACAACUCAGGGCGCGGCCCUUCUUGGUUUGUGGAAACAGUGACAAUCCGAGACAGACAAAAAGAAGAACAAUGGACCUUCCCAAUAAACAGAUGGCUUGCGGUAGAAAAAGGUGAUGGUUUAACAGAAGCUACCGUAAAGCAUGGAAAUUUGGGUUCCUUCUCAGAUCAAGUUCGCAGCCGUUUCGGCAGAAAAAUUGCAGACAGUCACUUGUGGAUGUCUGUCUUUGGCAAGGCCUGUAGCAGCUCGUUUACUCGUGUGCAAAGAGCUUCAUGCUGCCUUUCAGUUCUCUUCAGCGCCAUGAUUGCCAAUGCUAUGUUCUAUAACAUUGGUGGGGAAUCAGAGGGUGCUAUUUACAUUGGACCCUUCAAGGUUUCGUUGAGACAAAUCGUUGUUGGUGUGCAAAGUGGACUGAUAGUUGCACCUGUAAAUGUAGUCAUUGUUUUGCUCUUUAAAUCAAGCAAGCCGAGGAAUACAAAAGCAGACAAAUAUCGGGAAGUGGAUCACGCCCGAGAACUCAUCGACAGAGUAAAAGACGAUGGUUGCAUGUUGCCUCACUUUUGCGUAUACCUAGCAUGGUUGCUUUGUUUUGCUACAACUCUUACUGCAGCAACCUUCACUUUAUUUUACAGCUUAAUGUGGGGCAAAGAAGUUGCAGAGCAAUGGCUCUCCUCUAUUUUGAUUUCAAAUGGUCAGGACAUCUUCAUUGUACAGCCGACAAAGGUCAUGUUGGCCGUGGUGAUGGUGUCAUUGCUUGUAACGAGAACCAAGGGCGGCAGUGAAGAUUCUGAUACAGAGAAUGAAGAAGAUGUUAACUUGAAUGACAUAGAUCUAUUUUCUGAUGAUCCUAAACAGCGUUUUAAGUGCGCAAGGUUAGGAGUCAUGCGUGAACGAGCCAUAAAAGAACUUAAGUUGGCGAGCACGAUGAAAGAAAUUGUUGUUCAUUUGAUAUUUGUGUUUUUCUUGGCGAUAGUGUGUUAUGGAAAUAAGAAUAGUAAUCGCUUUAUGAUGACUACCACUCUGAUGAAUCCUUUUGCAAAGUUUGAAACGGUAAGGCCUUAUUAGUGAAGUCAUAUGUGACCCUCCACAGGAUUUUAAUGCUAAAGGUGAAAGCACGCUCACGACACGCUUUCACUUUAAACAAAAGAAUUUAUUUUAACACGCUUUAGCACGCUUGCAAUCUUGCCUCAUUAGCAAUACCUUUUGUUUCAGAGGACACGCUUGAGACAAUUAAGCGUGAGCAAGUCGAACAAAAGAGCGUGUUAAAGUUUUCAAACAAAAGCUCCGUGCGAAAAGGCACAACAGUGUACGCAAAAGCACGCAAGGCGUGUUAUCUAUAAGCUAAAUAAAUUUCCUCUACAAAAAGGAACCGUAAAUGAUUAUGAACGGCACCCUUUUUUGGUAACUAUCGAGAAAGAAAAAGUUAUACCUCAGCGAUCGCAGCGAUAGUAUCUGAUUGAAAAAACGUUGUCGCUUAAAAAGUAUAAACAGUGAACGGUGGAACCUACUGGAUUUAUGGGUAGAACUAUACUAGCACUGCAAAAUCAAAGCUCUUUCCAGAAAUGUUUACUGACGAAGCUGUGCAAAGGUUAUCUUAACUUUCCUUAAUUUAAAACACAUUUGCAAUUUUCUCAGAAACAGUGAUCUUUCGGACUUAAGUCACUUUCUUGCCGAUCGUAACAAUCGCUAUCAAAUAGAAAUCAUCAAGUGCCAGGAUCGCUAAAUUGUAUUUAUUUUUCUUCUUCUUAUUUUUUUUAUCGAUUGCAAGGAUCGUACUGAUCAAAUGAAAACCAGCCUGCUUUUCUAGAUGUACCAAAAUUUCAAAACGGUUUCAAUGUUGCUUAAUUGAUCCGGCCGGCAAUAACACAAAAAGCGAAACCGGUGAACGCAGCGACGGAAACAUGGAAAAACCGGCUUACCAGGAUGUACCCGCUAUCGGAAACACGUUUGCCUCUGUGUUUCUCGAAACGGGGUCUAGUAUUCUACAGUGUUUUUAGUUUACAGAUUCUUUUUGUGUCCUGUGAAGAACAGGAGAGAUACAGUACACGUUUACAGCGCUUGAUUCGUCUUAGCAUAGCGUAACGAGAUAUCUUCACAUAAAUUAUGUUUGAUAGCGCUUCGUUCGUCAGGGGCAGCUAACGGCGAUUUCCUCCUAAAUACAUCCUAGGACAACUUCAGUCUUUUCGAAAUUACAAGGGCUUCAGCAAUAUGUUUCCAAAAAAUUUAAAGUUUUAGGAAAGUGAGAAUUUUAUCGUAUUUUCGGUUCCGAAAAUUUUAGGAUUCCUUUCUCUACGAAAAAUAGCUUAACCUGGGGAGUGAAAUGGAAAGAAUUAAACUUCAGAAAAUCUUAAGGAAUUUAUUAGAUAAGCUUCGAAGAUUGUACAUGCAUGGCACGGUCAUCUAGAAAUGUUUAGCCUUCCUCAACCUAUGGAAAAUUCUAGGCAGUUUUCGUUUCUCCGAUUUAAUUACCUUCGUUCGUCUCAGCAUGGCUUAAAGAAAUAUAACUAAUUUAUUCAACUUCAUUUCCUGUGCAUUACUGCUAAUAAAUAUUCCGGUGGAUAACUAUAAUUUUCAGGCGACAUAACUCCAGUGCCUCGCAUGAGAUAGCAGGCAACUUUGCGAUUCCGGUCAACACCCGACAGCCGGAGGAAUUGGUGUUACGAUCAAAUUCCAAAACAGUCUCAAUUGGUAUAUUUGAUUCACUUCGACCAGUUAUCAAUGCUGAUUAAAUCCGCUGAAAACCCAAGCCAUUUUUAUCAUCUCAGCAGUUUUAGUAAUCAAGCGUGUUCAGCGUGUCUUACCCAAACUGCACGCUAAGCGUGCUAUAAUUCGCACAGUUACCGUGACAUAUGGCACGCUACAAAAAAACAAAAGGUCUAGCGUGUUAAAUUUACCAAAACAAAGGCAAGUGUGUCCGUCUUUGUUUUUUCAAUUUAAUAUGCGCAUAUCCGUGAUCUACGGCACGCUAAGCGUGUCGUGCAAGCGUGUCGUGAGCGUGCUUUCACCUUUAGCAUCAAAUUCCUGUGGAGGGUCACAUAUAUAAGGGAGAAGCUGGAAUAAUUUUAGUUGUAACUUUAAAUUUUCAGCGUUGUUUUUAGACAUAAAACCUGAUUUAUGCUAUCAAGUUUAAAACACAAGGCGAACGUUGUGUCUUCAAAUCUGUAAAACUUCAACUGGGAGUUUAUAGAUUGGAUUCAAAGACUUCUGUCAUUGGAUAGUGCCAAUUUAAUUUUAAACGCUGAAAAAUUAUCCAUGAUUGUUCAGAAUGACAGACACGGAUUAUCACUGAUGUGGUAUUUUUUUUAGGAGUUAUUGAUGAGAUUUUUCAAAUGUAGUUUUACAUUAAAUUUUUUUAGUUUAUGUUUGCGCAUCUGCGUCCGUUAGUUUUAGUACCGGUUUAAAAUUUCACGUCGGUGUUACAUGUUUCUCCGGUGGUCACGUUUACAGGAGGUUUCCUGACUUUUGUCGCCGCGUGAACUAAGCGUUGGCGUUCCCUCUGUCGUAUUUUCGGCACAGUUCUUUCAGAACCAUCGCAUUUCAUUGGACUACCGUCAAUUCCAUACCUUUUGGACCAGCAUUAUGUUUCCGUUCUAUAGAGAUGUCCGUCAUAUAGAGGCGUCCUUUCAAUGGUUGACUGUAUAAACAGCGGCACUCUUAUUAUUUCAGGUGACUGGAAGGUACAGACUAUGGGGUUGGAUGAGACAAGAGUUCCUCCCAAAUAUUUACAGCCAUCCGUGGUACAAUGGACGUCAAGAGAAAGAUGUGUAUGUUGAAAACAAGGUGUCCUUACUGGUCGGUAUGCCAUGGAUGAGGCAACUCAGAGUCAAAAAGAGUAAGCUUUAUGAUUUGGAAUUUGCAAAACCUAAUAUUAAAUCGACAAAAAUUCUUUUUCUUAUGCCCUACAAAAGUUAGUUAAGCAAACUGGUUAUAAAAGGCGGCAAACAAGAAAAAUGCCCAAUCGGAAUAAGUUAAUGCCACUUUUUUUUUUUAUCAGGGUGAUAGAGAUUCAGUUGAAGACGUUGUGCGCCUUUAAGUCUGGGAAAAAAUAUAGUAAAAGAGUCUGCGGGGCUUCAUAACUAUUCCACUCUAUUAACUAUGUGCAAUAUCAUGAUAAAACAUCAAAAUUACCAGGACCUUUCUAAAAGGAGAAGACAACGAACAGUUUCACUGCUGAUUUUUAUGCCGCUCCUUUACAAACCACUUUUUACUAUUCGGUUAUCCUUGAAAUGAUUGAUACGUUAACUAGGUAUUACGUGCAUUCCAUAAAGUCAAAAUUACGGAAAGGCCGAGAAAUAGAUGGUCUCCACUCACGCGGAAAUUUAUUAGAACAUGCAAAUUUAUUAGAACAAAAGAAAGCGCUUUCAUAAGAAAAGUGUGCAAUUCCCACGGGAUUAGUUUGGGACACCAAUAUGGUCGCCGUGACUUCAUGUGAAACACUCUUUAGAUCGUUUUCACUCAAGUGGGUUAGCAGCUAUGCAAAUUUCUUGGAACAAAAAAGUUUUUACAUAAGAAAAGAGUUCAAUCCCCAUAUAGGAUUUUUUCGAUAGACAAUGGUAGCAUUCCUUUUGACCCAUCAAAAUCUGGAUUUUGCGAUCCAAAAUUUUUUUCCGUUCCAUUAAGGACUAAACCAAUGUAAUGUUGCAAUCUGAACGAUCCACUUCCGCACUUGGAUCGUUCAGAUUGGUAUCUCAGUCUGGUUUCAGAUAUUUAUUCCACUUAACGAAACUGUUUUUCGAUUGCAAGGCCGUGCUCGUUUAUCGAUAAACACGGUGGGUCAAGGUUAGUUCGAACAAAAGUUAUUUACACUCCUUCUUUGUUCUAUGCCACUAAAAGAUUGUAGUAUAUGAAACUCAAGUUCCCCAGUAACUCAAAAUCUAUAGGGAGGCCAAAACGCUUGCAUUUUCUCACCGUAAAACCACAGUGUCCAAGGUCUAUGUGUGUGUGUGUGUUUAGAACGCGCUUCUCAGCACUUGAGAAUUCGUAAUUCCAGAUAAUUUUAAGUUUACGAGUCCCAGUAUGAACCACCACUAGUUAAAGAGCAAUUUUUCUUUCCAUUUUUCGACGAGAAGACGCUUAAUUUAGCGGAAAAAAAUAAACGAUGUGUUGAAAUUGAGAAGAAGAUCAGAGCAGCAGGUAGCUACUGUAUGGAUCAAUCUUAUUUCAGACUUUUGUUCCGGCUAGCAGGAAAUCUAAACAAUCUGGAUUGUCUAAAUCCGAAAAAAGUUUGGCUAAAAGGAAUGCAACUAAAGUAACGUGACCGCCAUUUCGUUGUUUUUUACACAAAUAUGGUCGCCGUGUCGUUAUGUGAAAACGAUCUAUUCAGUUGUCUUAGGCCAGUCAAAUAUAAUGCUAAAAAAAUGAUAGAAAAACUGUUGUAUAUUUUAAUUUUAGGUUCUUGCAAAUCAUUAGCAGCGCUUUUCCCAGACUGCCUCUACGAUUACACAAGUGAAGGUGAGGACACCACAACACUGAGUCUUCCUGGAUGGAAACGACUCCCUUACAAUACUUCAUGGCCAAAGGCCCUUCAACUGUGUCCCAAGCCUUGGCGUUAUCGCACAAGUGAAGAACUAGACAAUGGUCGGAUAAUGGGGACCUACAAUACAUAUGAAGGAGGUGGCUAUGUCGCUGUCUUGGGAUACGACGUUGAAACUGGCCGAAGUGUCCUUGGCGAAACAUUCGGUCAUGGAUGGGUUGAUCGCCAGACGCGAGCAGUGAUAUUAGAGUUCGCAGUUUUCAACGUUAACACAAAUCUUCUCAGCAUUGCCACGUACUUUUACGAGGUUCUUUCCACUGGUGCUGCUUACACAACAAGAACGGUUGAAACGCUCGACUUACAAAGCACUGAAUCAGGGGCUCAAAUGUUCUUCUUAAUCUGCCAGUUCCUUUUCAUGGCCAUGGUGUGUUAUUACCUCAUCAUGAUGUUUUACAACUUCCACCGUCGCCGCCUUAGCUUUUUCAAGUCAGUAUGGAACAUGGUCGAUUUUUUCAUGAUCAUAUUCUCAGUAUUGGCAGUAGUGUUUUACGUGAUCCGUUCGAAAACUCUUCUAAAAAGCAUCAAAUCUAUCCAAAACAAUCCAUAUGAUAUCGUACAUUUUCACUCCUCCUUGACUUGGGCUAGUUGGGAAAAUGUUGCUAAUGCCUGUGCUAUUUUUAUGGUAACACUUAAACUUUUAAAUCUGAUUCGAUUUAAUCCUUAUGUAAUCUACUUGUUUUCAUCCUUCCGUCAGUCGGUAGGCUAUCAGCUGUCUUACGUUUUUAUUUUCCUGAUAUUGUUUAAUGGGUUUAUUAUAUCAGGAAAACAAUUUUUUGGUCACACUGUCCUUGAAUACUCUAGUUAUUUGCAAGCAGUGAUUUCUCAGUUUGAAUUCCUUCUGGGAAAAGCUGUCCCACUUGAUGAUUUAAGACGUGAACACCAAAUUCUUGGACCCUUAUUCGUUUUCAUAUACAUGACAAUAAUGACAGUUGUCCUUAUGAAUAUGUUAGUUUCGAUUCUUAACGAGUCAUACAUCGAUGCUAAAACAUACGUGGAGGAAAGUGCUGAAGAACUUGAAAUAGCGCGCUUUAUUUCGGAAAGAUUUGAAGAAAUGUUAAAAGGCAACAGGAAGCGACCAGAAUUCAAGCUAUAUUGCGACGAAGCAACGUAUUUCAACAUGUGCCAGUCAGAGGCGGAGCCUAACUGUUUAAACUCUAAAAGUAUAAUCAAGUGUACAGAAGACAGACUUAAAAUGGUCGAGAAACGACUCUCUGCUCUCACUGGAAAAGCAGAAAAGAUGACUGAUGAUAAUGAACUGGAGGAAACUGAGUUUCUCAACCUCCUCCAGUUAGUGGCCAAUCAUGAUGGCUAG